CGUAUCCAAGCAUCUCCUCUCACUCUCACCAGGAGGAGGAGGAGAAGCCAGACAUUGCCCUUAACACGCUCGCGGAGUAACUGUCGCGCGGGAAACAAAGGCUCAGCUGCUGUGAAGUCAACAGUCGCGCGCUCCAUCCCGAAGCCAUGUGAGAGUCUGCUGCUGCUGCUGCAAAGGGACGCCAGAACACGUUCAUCGUCGGGUUGAGUGCCGCUCCCCGGAAAACAGAGACCACACGUCCCCGCCAAGAGCUGUAUUUGCAACCAGCGAGAGUCACCGAAUUAAUGCCCAUCAUUAGAAAGUAGUAGCCCAGUCAUAUCGAUCGCCUGUAUCGUUUACGCCUUCUAACGGGGGUUUGUUUUCUUCUGAGCGAGCGCGAGAGAAACAUUCGCUAUCAAAAGGGAACGGUCUGACAAUUGAGAUGUCGGACGCUUUGUCACAGCAAGAGAGACUUCGGGCCAUUGCUGAGAAGAGAAAGAGAGAGGCUGAGAUUGAGAACAAAAGAAGACAGCUUGAGGAUGACCGCAGACAACUCCAGCAUCUCAAGUCAAAGGCACUGAGAGAGCGAUGGCUGUUGGACGGAGCGCCAUCCAGUGGAGAGGACGAGGCACAGAAACAACUACAGGAGGAUGAAGCCAAGACCAAACUGCUGGAGCAGACCAUCCUCAGACUAGAACAGGAGAUUGAUGAGCUUGAGACUGGCGUGCCUUUGAAUAAAGGAGAAAAUUCACCUGAUGGUCCAGUGAAGGUAGUUGAGAAUGGCAUACAGCAGCCCAGCCCCAACGCAGAUCAAAAUAGCAAGAAACAGAUCACAGGCAUCGAGGCCAAACUGGAGUGCACCAACCCUGAUGUAGCCAUUGAGAAUGCCAGCGCAGAUCAUCCCGUCACCAUGGUGUUCAUGGGCUACAAGAAUGUAGAGGAUGAGGCUGAGACCAAGAAGGCACUGGGCAUAGAGGAGACAGUGAAAGCUGAAUUUGUGGUCAUUGAGGACGGCGAGAGCAAAGGCGGAAACGAAGGGGCAAAAGAAGACCAGGCCCCACCUAACGGAAGUGCCUCCAGUCCUGACAAAGCUCAGGAAGAGGCCAAGAAGGAGGAAUCAAAAGAAGAAGGUAAAUCAAAAGAAAAGCAGCCUUGCAAGUGCUGCACAGUCAUGUGAGGGCGACCGCUCACCCUGAAGUUCAGACUCUGACGGAAAACUGACCCCUGACCAUAACACAACAAUGAAAAAGUAUACCCUGUAUACUUAUAAUUAACUUUUGUUGUCUAGUAUGUAUUUCUUUUCUCUUUUUUUUCUAUUAAUAUUUUUCUAUAUUUCUGUCUUGACAUUUAUAUAUCUAUAUAUACAUAUAUUUUCAUUAUGUAAUCUUAUGAAGUCCAGUAUUUUGCUUGAUGAAGAACAGAUAAAUGAGGACCACAACAAACUCCACUUUAGACAACGACAUGGUUAAAAGAACAUUUUUGUGGCCCUCAUCCUUAUUUUGUGUUAAGAAAAAUAAGAUGAACAUCUCAGUAUAUAUAAAAUAUCUAUUUAUCCCCCGUAUACAUUAGUGUUUUUAAGAUAUUACUUUAUAACUGAGAAGAAAUGGUUAUAUUGAUAUUACAAUAUUAUGCUUUUAAUAUAUAUUUUGAGCCUUUUAUUUUUUUUAUUUUGUUUUUUUGUUGCCAAAUCAUCUCAGACCACUGUGAACACUGGUACAUGGAGUGUUGUCUUUGUCCACAAUUAUACAUUCUGCUUUACACCUCAUAGUAGGCCAAUAUGUUUGUAAAUAUGAUGCAAUUAUUUAUGACUGUUCAUGCUAUGAUAGUAUACAUGUAAUCAUGUUUUAUUCAAAUAGGCUGCUGUAACUACCCCAGAUCCCAGUCAUAACCACAGCAGAUAUGUUUGAACUGUAAAUCACUUUUUACAAGAUACCCAUUUUAAACCCUUUAAAUCUCUUUUCUACAUGAAUGAUAACAUUGUUAGAUAUAACUGUAAUCAAUAUUCAUUUUUUUGAAAAUUUAGUAACAUUGCAAUGCCUCGUAUUACACGUAGCCCAUAUUAAAAACCAUUCUUACAAUAUGCAAAAUAUAUCUUUAUAUCAUAUAUUUAAAAAAAGAAAAAAGAAUUGUGUGAAAUUGAGGGGUUUUGGUUUUAAAUGGGUUGCUGUUAGUUGGUAUGCCCUCAAUUAAACGAGUCCGAUAUCCAUGUUUCAAUGUUCAGGCAGUUCAUUCACAAUGAGGAAUCAUUCAUUAGUGUUAAUUCAAGGUAAACAGUCUGGGGUCUAAAACAUGUUUCUCAUUCUGAGACCACAGCUUUGUAAGUGUAGCUUUGCUGUCUUUCUGGUAUUUCAAUUUAAUGAAUUAUUUCAUUUUGUGUAAGACAGUGUGUGUUGUGGAUAUCAAAUAAUGUCAUGAGUUAUAGGUGCUUUAUUGGUAUGGCCAAUGCCUGUUAUGGUCCAAGUGUUUAAAUCAGGAACAAUGACAAUAAACAAAAAAAUGUUUGUUUACAGUUA